GUCAAAGUGGUCGCGGCGCAAUGCUUAAAAACGCGGCGAGCGACCCGAGCGAGCCGAGUCAGCGCCAUGUACACGUCCAAGCUGGUCGUCCUGUUCGCCACCGCCGCCGCACUCACUUCUGCACAGCGAUAUGACCUGAACGAGGGAAGCGAAUGCCUCAGCCCUGACAAUAAGCCAGGGGUGUGCGUGUUUCUGCAGCAGUGUCCCCAUCUGCUGUACCACGUGCAGCAAUCGCGGAUGCCAGGAGGCCAAAACUCGGUCCAACUGUUGCGGAGGUCGCUUUGUCGCUUUUACGGAAGAGACCCUGUCGUCUGCUGCGAGUCCACAGGUGGCUCGACGCCACCGACCAACGAAAAUGACCUGUCCUCCCAGGCAAAAACAGGAAUUGUUGCGCACAAAAAUAUAAACCUGCUUCCAAAGAAUUGUGGCGACACGUUCCACAGCAGUAUCGUGGGAGGCAGAAUGGCCGGCCUUACUGAACAUCCCUGGCUCGCUGCCCUCGUGUACAGAACAAGAAAUGGCCAGGAGGUGCUGUGCGGCGGCGCUUUGAUCAACAAUCGCUACGUGCUGACGGCGGCCCACUGCAUCAAAGUGCCGUACGGCAAUCAAUUGGUUUCGGUGCGGCUAGGCGAGCACAAUUUGGUGACAGAGAAGGACUGUUAUAAAGACGCCAAGGGUGUGGAGAAAUGCGCCGAUCCACCGCUCACGGUGCUCGUCGAGAGCGCCAAAGCGCACGAAAAGUACGGCGGCGUCGACAGGUUCAACGACAUCGGCCUCGUCAGGCUGGAGAGAAACGUGCCUUUCACAAAUUACACAAAGCCGGUGUGCCUGCCCUUAUCGGAUACCCUGCUAAAAUCGAGCUUCGCAGGAUCCAUCCAUGAAAUUGCUGGCUGGGGACGCACUGAAAAUUCGUCAUCGAGUGAUGUUAAGCUGAAAGUAAGCCUUAGAGUCUUCGAAAACGACCGAUGUGCCGCCCAAUACCGGGUUUUGUACCCUAGUGUAAAGUUGGACUCGAGUCAGUUGUGUGCCGGUGGAGAACAGGGUAGGGAUUCGUGCAGUGGUGACAGUGGGGGCCCCCUCGUCGCCCAGAAUGGAAAAUGGUUCGUGACGGGAGUUGUGUCAUAUGGACCGCGGAACUGCGGCACGCAGGAUUUACCUGGAAUUUACACCAGGGUCACUUCCUUCCUGCCCUGGAUUUUGGACAACCUCAAACCCUGAUGCUUUUUCGUAUGUUUUUUUGCUAUGUAAACACUGUUCUACUGAUGUUAAAAGGGUCAUGGGGAUAUUAUAAGAAGGUCGGCUAUGUUU